GAUUUUCCCGUUUUCGUUCGGUUGCCCGCGGUUGCGCCCUGUCCUUUUUCGGCUCAUUUCAAUUUUCACUUGCUGGCGGAAAGGAGGCAGCGGCUCAGGAAUUAAAUCUGGUCACUGAAGUCUAUUGAUUUUUGUUUCCAUCCGAUUUCCAGCUGCAGCGCGGAAUGAGCUUAAAGUCCAGUGCCCGCAUCAAGAAGCGCCGCUCGGAGGCAGCAGCAGCCAACUACGCUACUGCCACAACCACAGCUCCCAGUCCAGCUUCAGCUAUGGCGGGCAGUGGCUGCGGUUCAGUCUCAGCCAACUCCUCCACCACCACCAACAACAGUAACAGUAAUUCCAACCCCUGCCCCUCCUCCGGCAAGAAACAUACUUUCGUUGGGCGCAAUCCCAACUUCGACACGGACGAGACCAAAUUGCUCAUCCAAUUGUGGGGCGAUCCCAAGUUGCAGAGAACUCUGAUAACAACACAUAAGAAGCACGCUGUGAUCUGCCAGCUGGCGGCCAAGAUGCAGGAGUACGGCUAUCACCGGUCACCGGAGGAGAUUACGACGCGCAUCAAGAAUCUCAAGUGUUUCUACAAUCGCCUCAAAAAGGACAAGGAGUGCGGCGCCCUCUCCGCCGAUGCCGAGCCAAGUUGGAAGCACUUUGCCGAGAUGGACGCCAUCAUGACCCGCCCCAUCUUCAGUGUACGUCCCAAUGAAGUUCCGGCUCCCUCCCUAAAGUACCAAUUGGAGCAAGCGCUGGAGGAGCACGCAGAACGUCGAAAGCGGCGAUUGGAGAAUGGCGAGGAGCUGUCUGAGAGCGACAACGAGGAGGAUGAUAUGCUCCUCUCCGCGUUGGUUAGCAAAAACAAGGAGUCCACGUCAAAAAAGGAGCUGGAAGCAGGCUGUCUGGAGUCCGAUCGAGACGUCAAUGAUGAGUCCUUCGCCAAGCGGCGGAAGUUUUCCGAUGAUGUAGAUGUGGACAUUGGGGAAGCCUUGAUUAAGGCAGAACCGACUCCAGAGGUGGAGGCAGUGCCUCCUGCUGCUGUUGAUCCUGAACCGGAGGAAGAUGAUGAUUGUCUGCUGCUACCGCUGCCCAAGGAAGAACCCAUUGAUGUGGAUGCCGCAGACGAUUCUCCCAAUGAGAAAUCCUCUAGUCCCAGCUCGUCAUCGACUUUGGCGGAAAUGUUGCAGAGAAACAAGACCACAGGUAAUGUGCUGCCCAUAACCGGAGCCAAUGUCAUUAUUCCGUCUGGGAUUAGCACCAACGCGGCUAGCAGUAGCUCUACCACCCAGAACUCCAAUACGGCAGCUGGCAAUAAACUGCAGGCGGGAAAGAUAUCGCUGGUUCCGACAAAUUUCCUGAUGCAAUCCAAGCUUCCGCCAGUUGCGGGACCAAGUCCCAAUCCAGUCGCAAAGGGAGCUGCUCCCCAGCUUCAGCUGUUGCAGAAUGCAAUUACUCAGGGCGCCCGCCUAAUGAUUAGCGGAUCCCCUGCAACGCCUACUCAACAACCGGUGGUGGCCACUGCUCCAGGAGGAGUCAAGUUCGUCCUGGUAAAUGCGGAGCAAGCGAAGGCCGCGGCUGCUGCUGCUGCCGUGGGCAAGUCCACUGCCUCAUUGCCCCUGGCAACUGCCCAGGCUCAAGCGCAGGCUGUAGCUCAGCAGCAUCAGCAAAAGCUGCAGCAGAGUCUGCACCAGGAACAGAUACAACAUCAGCAGCAAAUUCAACAUGAGAAGGAAGAGAGUCGAAGGGCGCAGGAAAAGGCUCGAGAGGAUCAACAAUCCAAACGCCACAUGACAACCAUGAGAAUCCUCUUGCGCCAGCUUCUCAAUGCUCAAAACGAGGCCAACGAGAUUCAGCACAACCGUUUGUCAUUGGAGCGCGAGCGUCUGGACUGGGAGAAGUCUAUUGGGGAACGUGUGCUCAAUCUGCUGCCGAGCUUACUCCAACCGGCAGCUGCGGCCGCCACGCCAUCCUCUGCUGCCCAGCGUCUACAGCCUCCCAAGCUACUCUUUACCACCGCCCUCCCCAUGGCCAAUGGCACUGUUUCUAUGCCGCAUAUACUAACAUCAAACUCUCUGCCAAAAGUGAUAACCACUACGAGCAGUGUUAGUGGAGGUUCGGGAUUAGUGACUGCCUGUGUGGCUCCCAAGCCGGUGGACAAUGAUGUCCAGCUAGUCACGCCAAAGCAGGAAAAGGAGGGAUAAAUCCACAAUCAACUAGUCAUGUUACGUGAUUGAUAUUAAGACCGUAUAACAGUGAUCUCUAAGAAAUGAUAUUGAAGUGAAAAA